GUUUGGAAAUCCCUUCUCUAGAGAGUGAAGGGAAUGCCUCUCUUGGCCUACAACUCCCAUCAUCCCAGCAGAAAGGCCUGCCAGAAGGGUUGGAGGACCCUGGGAGUUGUAGUCUGAAACGAAUAGGUCUCCUAAGAUCUUGAAAGUAAAGGCUUUCUUCCUCAUGGGAAUCACUUGUGUUUAUGUUCUGUAUGGCUAAAUGCAUCCCCUUGCGCAAACCUGUCCAGGCCCUGAGAUCUUCAGGAGAGGCCCUUCUCUUGGUCCCACCUCCAUCUCAAGCUGGGUUGGUGGAAAAGAGAGAGCGGGCCUUCUCGGUGGCUGCUCCUUGACUCCGGAACUCCCUGCCCAAUUAAGCCAGAAUUGCCCCCUCCCUGUUGUCCUUCCAGCAGCAGGCUAAAACCCUUUUAUUCAGACAGGCUUUUAAAGAUGAAGUUUUUAAGAUCAUUUCAGGGGGUGCUAUGGUUUUUAACUUGGAAUAUGUUUUAAUGGAUUUUAAAUUGGAAUUUUUAACACUGUUUAUGUUUCAUCCUGUUUAAUGUUUUAAUAUUUGUGUAUUAUAAAUUGUAUGCUGAUGCUUUUAUGUUAAGCCGCUUUGACUCUCCUGAAUGAGAGAUAAAGCGGGGUAUAAAUAAAUAUUAUAAUAAACACAUUUUUUCAUUUUCCUUGAGCUCUUUCUCUUUUAAAUUCCUGAAGAGAUUUUCCUCUUAUUCGUCUGGCAGGUAACCUCUGAACAAGUCUUGUGAAGAACACCUAGUGAGAGCUUUGCACUAGGAAUCCUGUUAAGUGUAAAGUGACUUGAAGAUACACAACAAUAAUAAGAAGAAAAAUUUUAUAUAUUACAAGCUGCACAGGUAAAUUCUGAACAAGUUCUGAGAAGAACACCUUGUGAGAGCUUUGCCCGAGGAGUGCUGUGAUACACAACAAUAACAACAAGGAAAAAAAUCUGCUGUUAAGGUGGGGAAAUAAGAUUGUACUGAAAAAAGAGAGGCUUGAGAAAGCAAGCAGAAGGCUACAGCAAUACAAAAACUGUGCUGUUCAGGAGGCUAUAUCUGUGAUCCCCUGGCAUAAUAUUUGAAUUACAAGUGUAAAAGAAUGGCAAGUCCCCUACCUCUCUAUCCUAGAUCACACACAGGGGAGAAGUUACAUCAGUGUAUGGAAUGUGGAAAACAAUUUGAUUGGAACAGUUCUCUUACAAUACAUGAACGGACCCACACAGGGGAGAAGCCAUAUAAAUACACGAAAUGUGGAAAGAGCUUCAGUCUCAGUGACAAACUACAUUCCCAUCUAAAGACCCACAUGGGGGAGAAGCCUUAUAAAUGCAUGGAAUGUGGAGAAAGCUUCAGUCAGAAUGGCACUCUACGUUCCCAUCAAAGGACCCACACAGGGGAGAAGCCUUAUAUAUGCAUGGAAUGCGGAAAGAGCUUCAGACAGAGUGGCAGUCUGCGUUCUCAUCAAAGGACCCACACAGGGGAGAAGCCGUAUAAAUGCAUGGAAUGUGGAGAAAGCUUCCGUCAUAGUGGACAUCUGCGUUCCCAUCACAAGACCCACACAGGGGAGAAGCCAUAUAAAUGCAUGGAAUGUGGAGAAAGCUUCAGUCGGAGUAACAAUCUACAUACUCAUCAAAGGACUCAUACAGGGGAGAAGCCACAUAAAUGCAUAGAAUGUGGAAAGAGCUUCAGUCACAGUAACAAUCUACGUAUUCAUCAAAGGACACACACAGGGGAGAAGCCACAUAAAUGCAUGGAAUGUGGAAAGAGCUUCAGUCACAGUAACAAUCUGCGUACCCAUGAAAGGACCCACACGGGGGAGAAGCCGUAUAAAUGCAUGGAAUGUGGAAAGAGCUUUAGUCACAGUGGCAGUCUAUGUUCCCAUCACAGGACCCAUACAGGGGAGAAGCCACAUAAAUGCCUAGAAUGCGGAAAAAGCUUCAGUCGCAGUGACAAACUACAUUUCCAUGAAAUGACCCACACAGGGGAGAAGCCACAUAAAUGCAUGGAAUGUGGAAAAAGCUUCAGUCGGACUGAUAGGCUACGUUCCCAUCAAAGGACCCACACAGGGGAGAAGCCAUAUAAAUGCAUGGAAUGGGAAAAGAGCUUCAGUUUGUGUGGUCUUGAUCAUCAGCUACUGGGAGCAGGUCUCACUCAGAGGGGCACUUUUCUCAGUAUUGCCCCAAGCUUUGAAGGGGUUCACCUAACCCUCCUCCACAAGGAAAUCCCUCACAGCCUUCUAGAAUGAUCUGUGAAGGUUUGCUGAAAUGAGCAGCAGCUGAGAUCUCUGGAUAAAAAGGUUCUGAAAAAGAAUAGCUCUUUGGUAGCAGAUAACGUCAUAUCAUCGUACUUUUGACUCAUGUUUUGGCUCUACUCCCCCUCAGUUAGAAUUUUGGGCUCCAGCCAUGUACCGGGAACCAUU